AUGUACAUAAAAGAGAGUGGGUGAGAGGAAGGGGAGUGAACGGAGAACGAGUUGGACUAAGUUAUUUAGCUGAUCUUGCUGACGUCUCUUGAAAGUACUUUACCUUCUUCCUCUGUCUCUCUCUCUUAUGCACACACACACACACUUGACAAAGAAGUGCACAUGAAGUUUAAGUCUAGUCAGUGAAGUGCUGAGUCUGGAUGGUUCUGUAAAUCUGUGACCAGGCUGCUGAAUGAAAUUCUGUAGUGUGCUAAAAUCUGUCAUUGUUUGCUUGAUAAUGUUUUCAAUAAGCUGUUUCACUGAUAGAAGUAAUAAGACAGAAUUACCAUUUUAGAGAAAAAAAUAUAUAAAUAGACAACAUUCAAACACACUUAUGGUAAGUGUUAGUGCAGUCUUUAUACAUGUUAAUUCCCACUGUAGCAGUCUGAAACACACCUACAGACUAUUGCACAUGCAUGUGCACUUUCAAAUUCAUGGACACAGACACACAUUCAAGCACACUUUAAAACUUUUGUAGUCAGCAGGGUGAUUGUAGGCUUAGGCCAAGCCCCUUGAAAUGUUCCUUGUAGAGGCUAACAGUAAUUACUUUCCCAAGGGCUAGGUUGAAAUCUGAGGACUGCCUGUUAAUUCAUUCCUUGCAUGAAACUGCCCCAAGCCCUUUUUUAGUGGCCACCUCCAAAUGACUGGUUGUCAAUCAUUAUAAAACCCCACCCGUUGUCAACUUCCUGGUCAGUAACAGUGUGAUUCUUGGCUAUUGAAAUGUGUGGUUAAGGAUGCUUGAUAUAGCCUUGCUGCUUCUGUGCAAAAUGUGAAAACAUUCAUGAGUUGUACUGGAUCUUGCUCUUUAUUCUGAUAAGGAACACUGCUAAUAUUUCAGUUUUGAAAGAAACAGCAUAAAAGUUUUCAUCCUGUGUUUUUUCAUAUAUGUAUAAGGAAAUAAAUUUGGUACCUUUACAAGGGCGGUUUUAGAGGCAAACAGUGAAGGGAAGACCGUUUCUCUCUUCAAAUCCUACAUGCGAGAAAGUGGUGCCACGGUCAACAAAGUACUCCGUGCUCUUAAAGUUAUGCAGCGUGAGGACGCCCUACAAAUACUUCUGGAUGCUGUACCAGACAUUGAACAAAAGUAUUUGGAUCUACAACAUGAGUCUGAACUGGCACAUGCAGUUGAAAUAGAUGAAAAGUAUAUGUCUCCGUUGGGAUGUCAAUGCCCAAAUUCAUCUGCACCCUUCAGCAGUCAGCAUUGCUCCAGUCCAUGCUCGUCCUACAGACACCAUCAUUCUCCAUGCAGCCAUCUGUCUACCAGCUGCUGCUGCCACCAUCAUCCAGACCACCACCAACCUCCUCACCGCUUCAACACCCCAUUCAGAGUCCCCCCCACCUCCACUCACCAUCACCAGCAGGCUCCAUUGACCAUUACAACUGCCUCUAUACAGCCUUCUCUAGGGGCAAACAGAGCAGGUCCUUUAGACCUCAAAUACAACAUCAUGUCAGACCACACCAAUGCAAACCAUCUGACACCAAUCAUGUCAGACCACACCAACCCAAACCUUCUGACACCAAUGUCAGAGCUCAGCAACUAUGAUCAUGUGCCUCAACAAGCAGACCCUUCCAUUAGUGUGAGCAACAGCAAGAAGUCGCCACUGUUUCAUCCUCAGUACAUGCCUCCUGUUAACAAUAGUUUUGGCCAUCGUCAGCUUUCUGACAGCAUGGCUGUACAACCAGAUACUGAUCGCAACGAAGGGGUUCUGUGCUCAUUCUCCUCAGACGUGGAGAUGGAAGGUAACGCUGUUCGUGAAAAACCUGCCUCUUUGCCUGCUGCCAUUGCACGAGGUCUUGGUCAUGUGUCAAUGGCAUUUAAUGGACAACCGCUUGUUGGACCCAUCGGUAUGGACAUUGGAGAAGAGGAAGGUUCUUCUACCAGCUCCAAUGAUUGCUCUUCCACAGGAUCUGGCUAUCAGCUGAACACAGCUGCCCGUGCUGCUGGUACCAGUCCUGGGCACCACAAUAUUGAACGGCAAGUGUCUGAAGAGUGUAACAUGAAGCAGCCUUAUUCUGCACGAGAUGCAAUGCAAAGGGUAAGAACAUGGGAUAUCACCCAGCCAGCAAUGGUUGAUCCACAUGGAGCUAGCAGUAGGUGGACAAGUGUUGACAAGUGCAACAACAAUGGCAGUGUUGGCAGACCUACUGGAGCUGCAGGCCGUGUUGGGUGUGACAAAGAGCAGCCGACGUCAUUGCAACAGUUGGUAAAGCUGUCCAAGUUGCCAGACCACUAUAUGCCAGACACAAAGUAUAAAACAAUUGUGGCAGACCAACAGAUUGAUGAGCUUCCAAAUGGCAAAGCUAUUCAAGGUAUUAAGCAAGAAACAACUGGAGUACAGUCAUCCUGUUUAUAUGGUAACCGGUCUGCAAGCAGCAAAGGAGCUGUAUCAUCUACCAGUAGCGGAAGUAAUAACAGCCAGGUUUGGGUGACACAGCGAGGAGAAAACCCAAAUACUUUUCCCAUGCGAGUCAAGUCUCAGUCAGGGGGUGCCACUGUUGAAAAAGUGCGGAAAUUGAAGCCUGGUCAGCUAACCAAGACUGUGUCAGUCCCCAUGGACAUGAAAAUGGAAGAGUUUAAAAAAGCUUUCCGACACAUCAAAGUGUUUGUGACUUAUGCUAAUGAUAGCAAGCAGCAUAGCCAUCAGGUUUUGAGUCUUUGCAACUGUCUGGAUCGUAAUGGGUUUUCUUGCUGUGUUGAUGUUUACUCACAACGUGAAUCAAAUCCUGAAGAAAAACAGGCAUCACGUGAUUGGUGUACUCGCAAGUUCAGAGAGGCUGACUUCAUCUUGGUGUGCUUGUCACCACAAUAUGUGCGAGAGAUUCAGAUGGUCAGCAAGGCAUCAGAUGCAAACUCUCAGACCUGGCAGCAUGCAGCGCACAUCUACCACCUCAUGCAGCAAGAGUAUGAGAGGACCCGUCGCACCUCACGCUUUGUUCCAUUGUUCUUUGAGGGUUUAAAGCUCGAGGGCACCCCGUCUUGGCUAACUCACCAUCUGGUGUAUCACUGGCCACAGCAGUACAAGGACCUGUUGUGGAUGCUGACCAAACCAGAGGAGCGCAUCAAACCUCGUUCGAAAGCAGAGAAGAACUGCUCCAUGUUAAAAAACGGGCAUUGCAUGCCAGUGCUAUCAUCGUCAGGCUAUUGAUUAGCUGUGGAUGAUCAGGGUGCCAAAAAUUAAGACUGUGAAAGAAUGAACCUUAAUGUAUUUUUAUUUUGGGAGCUUUGAUCAUCACAGAAGGAAAAAAGACCUUUUUUGUCUAAACAUUUCUUUGUCUUUACAGCAGAUUAGGUUGUCCAAAAAUUACAAUGAUGGAGUUUAAUGCAAUAUAAUUCUACAAAAUGCUAUUUUUCAAUGGUCAUUCCAUUUUUAAUUCUCAUUUUUCUUCAUUUAUUUACUUAUUUGUUUAUUAUAUUUAUUUCUUUUCAUUGCUGAGAACAGAAUCUAUAUAUAUUGGAUAGAGCAGUCCAGUGCGUAAUAGAUGUGUGUUUAUUACCAAAACAGUGAGGAUUGGGUUCCUGGGUUCUGAUUUCAUAUAAGAUACACUGUUCUUUUACUAUAUGCGACAUUUGUUUACAAGUCUAGUACUUUGCCUUAAUUUAGUAGCUGGCUUAAUAUGGAACACAACAUACCCUAUUCCCCCUUAUCUUGGUGGUGCAAUGGAUUGUAUCAGCAAAGAGUGAUGUAGAAAGCAGCAUGAUAUGGAUUUCUAUUUUGGUUAUGACAUAUUUCAGUCUUUUGCUAUGUUUAUCAUUAGUACUUUCUCAAAAACAUUGUUUGCUACAUGGAAAGAUAUUCUGACCAAGUGAUCAGUAGAAAUUUCUGAAAUUAGAUAUUUACUGACAAUAAUUCAGUUGUAUUUGUACAGUUUAUAUAUAUAUACACACACAUACAUGCAUAUUGUGUGUGUGUUUGUAUGAUCAUUAGGGAGAUUGAAUGAUCUGGACUACAUCCUGUUCCUCGGAUUCAUACCCUGCUCAGCUCCUUUUACAUGUCUGCACACUUUCAUGCUAGAGUAGUUUUAUUCCUCUCUCACCUGCACAGUUACAUACACAAGAAAUACAUAGCAGUAGCGUACAACAAAAGAUUUUUUUCUGCAGGAAUGCAGCAAAGCUCAUUUCCCAUUUCAGAAUUGAAAUAUAUAUAUAUGAAUGCAAAGUGUUUGAUAAUACAGGUUAACAGACACUUUCACUAUACCUGUAAGUGUUGUUUUACUAUGACUUCAAGUCACUUAAGAGUUUCCCCCAGUCUUUUUCAAUCACUGACCUGUGUAGUCGCAGGCUUUGAAGUCUACACUUGAUUGUCUUCGGCGUAGCUAAGCAAACACAGUUGCCAUUCUAUACAUGUGUGCUGUAGGUAACAACAGUCUCAUUCCAUAGACUUCCAGUCCACUGCGAUAGCACUGGCCAGUAAAGACUACCAGAUCAUUUUUCUUGGUUUUCUCCAACAGUGCACUUGCUUUUUUGCUUGUCAGUGCAUGACAGUGGGAUUUGAUUUAUGCACCACCAUAUCGUUUGCUGAAUAUAAGGAAACAUGGAAGCUGCACAUAUAUAUCUGUAAUUUGACACUGUUAUAUCCCUGGUCAGCUAAGAAACUCAAAGGUGGUCUGCACGGAUAUCUCAACAAUUACACUUCAUUACUGUUUUGCCCUAAGGCAGUAGAGCCACAGUCUGCAAGUGCCAGUAAAUAAUGUUUACAUUAAGAAUGAUCCAGACUAGCUGUUUGCAAAUGACAACAUUCAGCGAUAAUCCCUGCCGUAUUGCAAACUUUGUUUAUAUUGGCCACCAGUAUGUGUUUUGAAACUGGCUCUCUUUCUUCAUGUGAUGGCAUCAUAAUAGCGAAAGCUGUAGAAGUAUGGGUAUAUAGAGGAUUUGUUUUUAAUUUUAGAAAUGCUCCUUGAUGUGGAUUAAAGAAAGUUGAUAAUAUUUGAUGUGCAUUUUUUGGCUGUUAGUGUGAGUAAACCUUGGUUUACUGCUUUCUAUCAAACAUUUUUGACCAAAAGGUCCAGUAAUAAGUGGACAGUGUUGACUCAUUAUUAUGUUGUCAUUGCGAUAAACUGUUACAUUUUGGAAUCUUAAUUGUUGUAGUGUCUUCAUGACGAAUUGUUUCAUGAUGGAAUCUAUAUUGUUGUACUAGUCAGCAAGUGAGUGGUUAUCUUGCAGUGAUCAAGAAUUUUCUUUAGUCCAUUGUGGCCUUCUGUUUGAUCAUUUCCCAGGAACAUCCUGACUUUUUUUCAGCUGUUGCGAGGACUUUGCCUUGAGGAGUAAGUGCUUGCUUGUAACAGCUGUUAACAUGGUGCUUUUGCACCCCACCAGUAUGUGCUUUGGAGCUGCCUAGUUUUUUCUGUGUGACAUACAAGCUUAUUGACAACAGGCAGUUGCAGUUCUCAACUGCUGUAAACUUAAAUGGUAUUGGAAAAAAUGUUGAUGUUUAUUACUACUGAUGUACACAUUCCUUAUUAACAACUUUUUAAGUUAAGCCUUUGGCUUGUAGGAUGUAUAGAAGUUUGGUUGUCUGACCACAACUGAUGGAUCAAAACUGUAAAUUACUCUGCUUGGCCUUGGCCAGGUCUUUUUCUCUUCAGUAACCAUGAUUAUCUGGAUUUUUUCCUGGCUUUUUUUGUGCAAGCAGCAUAUGGGUUUGCAGUUUCUGUUCAAUUAUCACAAUGAAGCAUGUUAUGUGGAGGCAAUAAUAAAAAAUAUGUAAAUUUAUUUUGUUUCCAGACUACAAAUAAGAAAAUUUUCCAGUUAGACAUUAGCUUUGCUGCCAGUGUAUGUUCAUACUGAUGUCAGGUGUAAAACAUUUCUGUUAUGUUGACAAAAUUUCUUUCAGUGCCUUUCAAAAGCUCAGUAGAACAUUCUGUCAGCAUAUGAAGAUAAAAGCAUUCAACUGUUGUGUUAGGCAUCCAAGUAGUACCUAGAGACCAGCUGUACAUGAAGAUAUCAAAUAACGUACAAUUCAGGCACCGAUUUAUCAGAAAUGCCCUAAAUAAUGGGAAGGGAAACUGCAAAAAGACAUGGCCAAAAAAUAUUCCAAUUGCUUUUGAUUUCAUAAUUAUUUAAAUUAAUAUGCUUUCAUAGUGCAUAAAGCUUAUUUUAUAUUCACUUGUGCGAAGUUUAAAUUGGCUUUUCUAGCUUCAUGUGAGUGCAUGCACACACAUUUAUUACUCACCCUUUAAACACUCCUCAUUUUGCAUUGGUUUCCUUGCUGCCAUACUGCAAAACCAAAUCUCUUUGAAGUUUAUAGGACCUUUGUGUACAGAAAGAUGUGAAUGCUUACACAGUCCGUCAGUGGAUGGGUUGAUGUAUGUAUUCCCACUCUGUUGCUGUUCAGAAAAGUACCUGGAGUACAGUCGAAAUUUAGAGGCAAGUUUAUAUGCGGAAAUGUGAAUCCUUGCUGUAGAAGGUAAAAAAAGCUUUAUGUGCAUUACUUUGGUGAAGGAGAUGGGGACUGAGAAUUGGAGGAUGUUGUUUUAAUGAAACUUUAGUCAAGCUUUCUGUUCAUUGUAUCACUAGUAGAAGGUUAGGGACCAGGAGAUUUAGGUGAAAGGUGAGUAUUCGACACAUGUUCAUCACAGAAUUUGGAGGGUUGUAUGGUGCCAGUGGUGAUGAGUCUCAUAACAACAUAGUAGAACAUUACAUUUAAAACCUCACCACACUUCCUUUGUUUAUUGAAUACUAAGCCUAUGAAAAUAUUUCUAAAAGAUUUUUCCUUUCCAGUUAAAUUGUUUAUAUGUCUGUUGGAGCAUACCAAGCCGUAAGUGAUUGUCUCCCUUUUUUUAGUGAAAAUCUGUUUUCAUUGUUUCACAAGGUGACUACUAUCUGUGAUGCAAUAUUGUAUGUGUACAGCUGUAAUGGAUGGAUUGAAGUUAAUUGCCUUUGAUGUUACAAAAUAGCCAGGUGAUAGAUGCUUUUAUAUCUGGCUUUAUUUUGAAAAAAUUGGUGUAUUUGUCAUGCCUGUUCUUUUCUCAUAUUUUGGUUGUUGCUUCCUUCAUGGAGGCACAUGUAAUAAUUGACAGUUUUGUGGUUAUCUCAAAGAUGAGAUACUAUAAGCUCAUAGUUUUUUAAGUAAUGACUGAUGAUGAAAGUCAAAACCCAUGGAAUACAUAUGGUGGUAGAACAAGUUUGUGUUUUUAGAUUUUCAUGGUCAAUUCAUUUUCAUUAAAUCAGCAUAUGCAGGUAACUGCCUUCUUUUAUUUAUAGGAUAUUCUGUAUAUUUUGUAUUUUUUUGAGUAAUCAGUACAGAACUAACUAAAAUUUAUUCACACAAAAUUGUGGAUUAACAAUUGAAACUGUUUGAUGUUUUUAUUGUACAAAUAGUAUCACAUUAGGCAAAAUAUUUGUUGUAAAUGUUAAACAAUCAAUAAACAGUUUAAGUUUUA